UAGAAACAGAAUCUAUGUGCAGGUUCUGAUAUGACACUUGGAAACAGCCUGGGCCUCAUACUACCUGAAACUGGACUGGAACUACGUAGUGUCCCCUUGCUAGGAGUAACAGGUACACCUUUUGCCUGGAAAAUGGUAAAAUACUUUUAAAAAUGAAUACUAAGUGUCUAAGAGGCACAAGAAGGCGAUCUUACUCAUGUACACUGGAAAUGUCACGCAAUACCCCUUUAACGUGACACGGUCGUUCCUAAGGAAAGAAGAACCAAGUGGGCCGUAAGUGCAAAAGACUGCAUCUCUGAUCCACGGAACAAGAGCAGAAUUCACCACCAUUUCGAGCGCAAGGUUGAGAAUCAAUUACCAUUUCGUUGUGAUGAGAUAUCUCGCUAACAAAAAUGACGUUUGAAACUGUCACAUGUCCGCUCCUGUUUCCCGCGUUGUUUUCCGCUCACGAGUCACGACGACAUUCUGUCUAGUAGGUCGUGGUGUGGACGUGACAAGUUGUCCGACAUUCCCGCCGUUUGCGGCGUUCAGUUGUUCAGUGCCGUAGUAGUUCAGACCUAGCAUAACAUAACGACAUAACCACAUAACAUCGCUAUCGCUGUCCUUGCCUCGGUUGCCUCAUGCUCCAACCAAUCAAACGGCCGCGGUUUCGACAAGUCACGUGGUAACGAAUAGUGCGAGCUAGCGCCAAAUCCCAUAGCCACCAUAGCCAAGCGGCGAUUGCCAGAACUACUACUCCGGUGCUGGGAACAUCAUGUCAUGACGUCAUGACCACUGCAAUCCAUCCAUGCGUGGUUGCGUGCGCGAUGCCUGACAACAACCAACGCCUUCUAUCAGCAGGGCUCUGCCUUCUAUGUAAAGGAGGCGAAUGACUGGGCAUAGCUAUGGACUGGGAUGACAGCUCCUGAUGGCUCCAAACGUUCAUGGGGGAGAACCUUAAAAAAUCCCAUAAUCCAUAUAGAGGAGAGGUUCAGGUUGCGAAUUGCGAUGUCGACAUCAGAAACAACACUCAAAGGCAAUCUUGAUUUUAUAGAUGAUGAUUUCUGGAAUAGCGACAUUGAGGACAAUUUAGAGAAGAUAGACAGGCAAGCUGCCUCAGUUCAUGAUAAUAAUUCUAGCGUUUCUAGAGUACGCACCAAUUCACAAAGCAAUCAAGACGUACCGGUAGCUGAAAAGCUUCCAGAACUGCAAGGCAAAGACAGCAGUCUUGGAGCAACUAAGAUAGAUGUGUAUGAGUUGGAAAGCUUUUUUCAUGACGAUUUUGAAGAUGAUCCAGGAUCAGAGCAUAAAGCUGAAUACGAUGUAAUCAAUGAUAAAUCUUGUACGAGUUGGGAUUCCUCAGCUGUGCUACGAAAAAGGAAGUUUCCGGGGCCUGCAGGAAUGCUUCCGAAAUGUAAAGCCGGCUCCUUAUCGGAAAUAUGGAAGGUAGUCCAAGAACCCCAGAAGCGAAAGUCAACAACAUUUCAAGAUCUCCAUUGUACACCAUGGACCGAGAACCCUGGGUCAAACUGGGAUUUAAUGAAGCAAGAUCUUAAUAUGGAAGGCGGGAAUAGCAUAUUGGAAUUGAACAUUGCCUGGCUGCUCAAAAUGAAAAGGCUGAACCAACUACCACAAGGAAAAGUACCUGUCACCUGCGUUAUGGUUAAGAAAUUUUGUGAGGGUAUAUUGCACCUCCAAGACCCUACAGGUGAAAUUGCAGCAUCAACUGACAAGUGUGUCUUAGAUUUGCGAGACUACUUUAGGACGGGAACUGCCUUGGUGCUGCAGAAGGUCGGUGUCUACAGUGGCUCAAAUGGUGAUUAUUAUCUCAACAUCACUCGUGACAAUAUUGUCAACAUCUACAGCCACAAAGAUGAUUGUGCGCACAGAGUCCAAGUUAACCCCACAAGUGUUGAGGAACUUGUAACCAGCCAGAUGCAAUGUGAAGCCCUACAAGACACUCGGCUGCUCCUAGGAAGACAUAAAAGCACACCACCCAGGAGAAAGUCCCAUUCUGCAACAUAUAACGAUAGCCCACCCUGUGGGUCUGUUAUAAAUGCAUCAAGUGGGCCAUUGGCCAAAGCCACAAAAAGUCAUUUUCAAUGGCUGGAUGACGACAUCUUCCUUGCCAUUGAUGAUAAUUUCCUUUCCUGACCCAAGUGGAACUUGUACAUAAUAUAUAUUUUUGUGCCCGAAUAAAUGUCGGUGGAAUGUUUCAAAUCGUA